GAGCCAUCGCUGUGUGAAAACUCGGGGGAACGGGCCGCUGCGGGGCCCGCGUUCGGGCUGCGGAGCGUCCCGUCCCGUGCGGAAGGUGUCCCGGUGGCGCGUUCGUGAGCUGGAACUGUCGGGACUUGGCCACGUUCCUGCCGUCCGACUGGAAUCACCGGAACUACCGCCGCCCGCUGCGCCCUGCGUUCGGUCUGCGGUGCUUAUCCUUAAGGGUCUCAAGCAGGAGGUCAGUUGCCUCUGCCCCUCUCCAGACGAGUUGAACUUGGCUAUUGGGUAUGAAGAUGGAUCAAUCCGUGUCUUCAGCCUGCUGAGCGGAGAGGCAAACAUCACGUUCAAUGGACACAAGGCUGCGGUUACAGCCCUGCAGUAUGACCAUCUGGGUGGCCGGCUGGUGUCUGGCUCAAAGGAUACAGAUGUCAUCGUGUGGGAUGUCAUCAAUGAGAGUGGUCUGUACCGGCUAAAAGGACACAAGGACGCUGUCACUCAAGUCCUUUUCUUGAAGGAGAAGAACUUGUUGGUUACCAGUGGCAAAGACACCUUGGUGAAAUGGUGGGAUCUGGACACCCAGCACUGCUUCAAAACUCUGGUUGGACACCGUACAGAGGUUUGGGGGAUGGCUUUGAUAUCCGAAGAGAAGCGUCUGAUCACUGGGAGUGCUGACAGUGAGCUGAGGGUGUGGGAUAUCACGUACAUCCAGGAG